AUGGCAGAAGACAGUGGAACAAACCAGAAGCUGGCAGCAGAGCACCCAUUCCUGGAGGAGAUGCGAGGGCGAGGAGAGAACCUGUACGUGGUGAUGGAGGUGGUAGAGACUGCACAGGAGGUGACGGCAAGAGUUGGCAAGGCUGACGGCUGCUUCUCCCUCCCAUUCUUCGCCCCGCUGCGGCUACAGGGAUCCAUAAACCAGGAGGCUGUCACCAUCCCCAAGGGCUGCAUCCUGGCAUUUCGAGUGAGACAGCUGAUGGUCAAAGGCAAAGAUGAGUGGGAUAUUCCACACAUCUGCAAUGAUAACAUGCAAACCUUCCCUCCCGGCGAAGAGCCAGAAGAGGAGAAGCUCACCUUUAUCCAGGCAUCUGAUGUUGGGGAGGUACACAAGGACUUCAGGACCCUAAAAGAAGAGUUUCAAAGGGAGACCCGGGAAGUGGAGAAGCUGAGCCCAGAAAGGAAGAGCUCGCUCAGCUCCCUCAGCAAACUCUUAGGGAAGGAAAAGGAGCUAGAAGACCUGGAGCUCACGCUUGAAGGAGCUCUAGACAAAGGACAUGAAGAAACCCUGGAGGCACUCCCAAAAGAUAUCCUACUCUCAAAGGAGGCUAUGGGUGCCGUCCUCUAAUUCCUUGGAGCUCUAACAGAGCUAAGUGAAGCCCAACAGAAGCUGCUGGUACAAUCCAUGGAGAAAAAGAUCUUACCUUUGCAGCUAAAGCUGAUGGAGAGCACAAUGGAACAGAAUUUCCUCCAGGAUAAAGAGGAUGUUUUCCCCCUGCAACAGGAGCUGCUUUCCUCCCUUGGGGAAGAGGAACUGACCCUCACAGAGGCCCUAGUGGAGCUGAGUGGCCUGGAAGUGCAGAGAUCGGGCCCCCAGUAUACAUGGGAUGCAGUCACCCUUCCCUGCCUCUGUGCCCUUUACGCUGGCCUCUCCCUCCUGCAGCUACUGACCAAGGCUUCCUAA